AUGGACAACCUUGAAACGCCAUAUGACGAAGAAGCUGAAUUUAUUGAUUGUAAGGCCUGUGAAAAGUCCUUACGUGGAGAGACCUUGUACAAGAUACACCUGACCUCCCCUGGACACAUAAAGAGAGAGGAAAUGCUUGUUGCUCAGGGACUGGCCGUCAGAAAACACGCCAUCCCCAGCUUUAAGGACAUUUCCCAGUACCUGGAUUACCUGAAGCUCGAUGAGCCCAUCAUCGGUUUGGACUUUUUGGAUGAAAUCCCUAAUCCAGACCCCCAAACGGGCCCCAAAUACAUGUGUACGUUAUGUAACCAGAGUUCCCCCCUGGCGGACAUGGUCUACCAUGUGAUUGGACGUAAACACAGGCUGAAAUAUGUGGAACAAAAAAGGCCCGACUUGGUAACCUGGGAUGGUUUAACUAUUAGAAACCAAGGAGGGAAGGUCAUGAAAGCCAAAGCAGAAUUAAUAGAGAGACAGGACGGACGUGGCAAUCCAAAGCCGUUACUGAAAAGGGGACUCGAGGGCAACUUAAACAUCUCAAGUGGUCCCCAAAGGAAGCAGCAAUUUAGAGACCGAAGCCUCCCACUCGCAGCCCAACAGGAGGUGCCUCCACUCUUACCCCAACUCCAGGAGUUUUGCAGGAGGAGGAGCGGCUUCGGUUACGCGGACUCUCUCCCUCUGAGUCCGGAGGAGCCCGACAGGAGCAGAAAACGGGAGCGUCUGAGCCGCGACCGCGAGGACAGCGGCGAUCUGCGACGGGGAAACUACAGUGAGGAGUACAGGGGGGACUUUAGGAGUCCCGACUACGCUCCGUACGGAGGAAAAUACGCCCCGGACCCUCAGAGAUCCGGAGGUUUGGAGCCCCAGUCGGGUCCCCGGUUUGGCUUCCAGGAGCAGGCGCCUCCUGCCCAGGCUCUGCAUCAGCAGUACUACCCCGAGGACCCCACUCCCGACCAAACCCCGCCCUACCCUGAACCGGGUUUCUACUCCGAGGAGGUCCGGCGGAGGCAGGACUACCCCCCCCCCCAGCAGGCCCAGCCCUGGUCCCUGGGGAGAGACCCCGGGAGGCACGACGGGGACCCCGAGGCCAAACGCAGGACCCUGUCCUCCCCUCCGGACGGGGACCGCUCCCGGGGAAAUUUGUUCAACAUCAUCAAAGAUUACAAUCAUGAGAUGAGAGGCCCCUUCAGCAAGGAGGCGUUCGACCCCCCCGGGCCCAGCAGGGCGGGAGCCCCGUCCCCCCAGAGACACGCCCAGGUCCCCAACAGCAUCGCCAACAUCCCGGAGCCCUUCCGCCGCUUCCUGAAGGGGAACGACGAGAGGAGAGGCAAAAGGAAAAGCCGCUUCUCCGACGCCACCCCCGAGGAACUGGAGAGGACCAAGGAAAUGUUCAGUGAUGGAUACGGACCUCAAAAUCCACAGACGGGUGGAAAUCCGAGAGCCAUCGGGACUCCUCUGAGACCAGAAUUCAAUGAAGCACAGUAUAUGAACCAUUAUGGAGGAUCACAGAGUUCACAUUUUACGGGAGGCUACCACACAGGAGGCUCUGAGUCUGACGGGGUCUUUGACAUGCUGAAAAACAUUGAAAUUGAGAACGCAGAAGACGCUAACUUUUUGAAGAGCAAACUUUCCAGCCUUCUGGAUGAAUUCAAGGCCAAAAAAAUGGAGAAGGCUUUGUUGAAUCGCCAAAGUCGAGAAGGAGGAAUGUCCAGAAACUAUCCCGACUUCCAGCAGGAUCCACAACCGUCUCAGCUGCCCCAGUAUGACAGAGGCCAGAGACAAGGACCCAUCCAAAGAGGCCCCGAAAACCUCGACUACAACCAGGGAAACAGAGGAGGCUGGAAGCAGCAGGAGAACAGAGCCAGUGAACAGCCCCAACAAUAUAACUAUCCUGCUCGAGGCGACUCCAGACACUCGAGCAGAGGCCGUUACGAAGAUGAGGCGCCAUACUAUCCUAAAAGAUUUGAAGAACCCAUGCACCGUCUUGACUACCAGGCCCCUGUAGAGGAUUUGUUUGCCUCCCACUCCUCUGCACCUCCCGCCCACAUGGAGCAAAUGAGCCGGAUGCAGAGGGAUGCUCGCUACAACAGUCUGGACAAAAUCACCUCCACUCUCCUUGAACUCGUUGGAAGAAAACAAUAACUGUCACAAUUUGCAGGAUUGUUCUGUAAAAAAAAACAUUGUUAGAAGAUACAUUUCUAACUAUUUUGUUUCAAACACUUGUCAAAAAUUUUGUUUUUGUAGUUUUUGAAUGUUCCAACAUCAAUAAAAUGUUUACAUCCA